AUGGAAAACUUCACCGAGGUGAUUCUGAAGGAGUGGGGUAUGGAGGAAUUAAUAUCAGUCUUCAACGAACAUGGCAUUGACGAGGAAUGUUUUCAUCUCUUGGACGAGGAUACUUUGAAGGAGUUAAUUCCAAGGAUUGGAACACGACUUCGAUUCAAACAGAAGCUGUCAUUGAACAGGAAUGCUGUAUCGAAUGGAUGCCAACGGACCUUUCAGUCUGUUUGGCCUUACAAAAGGCAUUUGAUAAAACAUGUUCUUGAACAAGACAGCAACAAUGAUACAUUUAUAAAUGAUGUGCCCGGAGAGGUGUUUGAUUAUAAUAGUGAAAAUGAAGACAUGAUGCAUUCUGGAGAUGAUGUUGAAAUUGAUGGUGUAAAUGAUUUUACAGGACAAAGUCGUCAUGCUGAGCUUGAUGUUAUGUCAAUAGCUUCAUCGUUCAUUAGUAAACUGAAGGCCAAGGCAAACCUGCCUCUCUCUACGUUGAACACUGUCAUUGAAUGCACUUCCGAAAUGUUUUCUGAAAUUAUUGAAGCAUUGAAAGAGAAAACGAAGAAGGUAGUGGAAGACCUCGGGAAUGGGAUGAGGAAUGAUGAUGAUUUGGCAGACCUAAUGAAUGAUUUUGAAGAGAGUCGGAGACCUUUUACCGGUUUAGAAACUGGAUGGCUUCAAAACAAAUAUUUUUUAAACCUCGGCACUUUCAUUCCUCCAGUUUCUGUUCCGCUUGGAGUUGCCUUUAAUCCCCAGCCAGACCCUCAUUCUGGUGUUGUCCUCCAACACCAAAAGCGUGACACAUUUGAGUAUGUGCCUAUCAGAGACCUGUUGCUAGAAGUCCUUGAUGCUGAUUUGCUGGAUGCUAUCCGACAGUACAAGACCAGGGAACAUGAGCCUGGGAUUCUUGAAGAUUUUAAAGAUGGCAGUUACUACAAAUCCAACCCAGCCCUGUGCGAUCCUGAGACCAUAAAUAUUUUACUGUAUUUUGAUGAGUUAGAAACUACAAACCCUUUUUCUCCCAAAGCUGGCACCCAUAAACUGGGUUUGUUCUACUUCACACUGAAAGAUGUUCACUCAGUACACCAGUCCAGUUUAAAGAAUAUGUUCUUGCUUGCUGUUGCCCUCUCAAAAGACAUAAAGCAUUAUGGUUUUAAUGCAAUAUUGAAUCCAAUUGUAGAUGAUCUGAAAGUGCUAGAAUCUGAGGGUUUGUUGUGUGAUGAUGGAACAAAAGUGCGUGUGGUUUUAGGCCAGACAACAGGUGAUAACUUGGGGCUGCAUGGCAUGCUAGGUUUUGCUGAGGGAUUUACAGCUAACUUUCCUUGCCGCAGAUGUUCGAUGCCGAGAGAUGAUGCUCACACUGCAACUGCUGAAGACGACUCCCUGAUUAGGACAGUUGAGACAUAUGAUAGAGACAUAGCCGUUGAUGAUGUUAGUAGAACCGGAGUAAAGAGGAUGUGUCCGCUGAAUGACUUAGUAGGAUAUCAUGUCACUGAUAACCAUGUCUUUGACAUUAUGCAUGACAUUCUUGAGGGGGUUGGCCUAAUAGAGGUAAAACUGGUCUUGAAGGCGAUCAUCACUGAAGGUGUGCUCACUCUCGAUGUGAUCAACGACCGAAUAGUGUCAUUUGAUUAUGGAUUUCCUGAGUCGUCAAACCCUCUGUGA